UCAUCCAACCAGCGCCAGUCCCACGAAACCGGUCUGAAAAAGGAGGAGAAAAACUCCACAUUUAAACCAUUAAAGUGACUGCAACUGGACGCAUCUGCACUUUUGUAUGGUUUCUAUCUAACCAGUCCUGGAAAGCUUCUUCUUUAAAGUGAAACCAGCGGAUCUGAUUACCGAUGAAUUCCGCGAAGUUCUGCGCAUUUGGAAGUGAGGACUUGUACAGAAGCGGAGAAAAUCCAAGUGCUGACGAGUGGAUUAAUUCUCUAGUAACCCGCAAAAAUGCUUCUAAGUGACUUGAACUUUUAAGAUUGGACUGGAAUCUGUCAUCUAAAGAACAGAUCUGGACAUUAUUAGUAUUAUUAUUGUCAUCAUUUGUUUUUUUUUUGUGUGUGUGUGUGUGUGCAGAGUUCAGGAACUCUCCUCCACCCUGAUACUCAUCAGUAGAAGUUGUGAUACAGAUGAAAUAGAACAGAAACAAAGAGGGUUCUAACAGUGGAUUACACCGUUUUCAGCUGCUCUUGAAUGAUGCCUGUCUGUUUAACGGGGAUUUACUGUCUACUGGCAUUUCUACAGAUUUGUUCAGGGUCUCGUCUCCGUCAGGAAGACUUCCCUCCUCGCAUUGUGGAGCACCCCUCUGACCUCAUUGUGUCCAAAGGGGAACCAGCCACUCUAAACUGUAAGGCAGAGGGACGUCCAACCCCUACAGUGGAGUGGUACAAAGAUGGAGAGCGUGUUGAGACGGACCGUGACAACCCCCGCUCCCACCGUAUGCUGCUGCCCAGCGGGUCCCUCUUUUUUCUACGCAUCGUCCACGGGCGACGAAGCAAACCUGACGAUGGCAGCUACGUGUGUGUAGCGCGAAACUACCUGGGUCAAGCAAUUAGUCACAAUGCAUCUCUGGAAGUAGCCAUUUUACGUGAUGACUUCAGACAGAAUCCAGUCGAUGUUAUGGUGGCAGUGGGUGAGCCUGCGGUGCUGGAGUGUCAACCACCACGUGGACAUCCGGAACCCACCAUCUCCUGGAGAAAAGAUGGUUCUAACUUGGAUGACAGGGAUGAGCGCAUCACUAUACGCAGUGGCAAGCUGAUGAUCACCAACACGAGGAAAAACGACGCAGGGAAGUACAUCUGUGUUGGAACCAACAUGGUGGGAGAGAGGGAGAGUGAGAUCGCUGAACUCACUGUUCUAGAGCGGCCGACCUUUGUGAAGCGGCCCAGCAGUGUGGUGGUGUUGGCAGAUGAGAGCGUGGAGUUUCACUGCGUGGUUCAAGGAGACCCUGUUCCCACCAUUCGCUGGAGGAAAGAUGAUUCUGACCUGCCUAAGGGCAGAUUUGAAAUCCAAGAGGACCAUACCUUGAUUGUUCGCCAAGUGACCUCUUCAGACGAGGGCUCCUAUACAUGUGUGGUAGAGAACAUGGUUGGAAAGUCUGAAGCCUCUGCCACGCUCACUGUACAUGUAAACACUGUGCCCCCGGCUUUUGCCAUACGCCCCAGGAACCAGGUGGUGGCAGUGGGCAGGACGGUCACCUUCCAGUGUGAGGCCACUGGCAAUCCACAGCCUGCAAUCUUCUGGCAGAGGGAGGGCAGCGAGAGUCUCUUGUUCUCCUACCAGCCGCCGCAACCCUUUAGCCGUCUGUCUGUGUCCCAAAUGGGCAGUUUGACCAUAACUGAUGUUCAGCGUUCUGAUGGGGGCUUCUACAGCUGCCAGGCUCUCAACAUCGCUGGCAGUGUGAUAACCAAAGCUCUGCUGGAGGUCACCGACUCUGGGUCAGACCAUCCUCCUCCUAUAAUAAGGCAGGGCCCAAUCAAUCAGACGGUUCCUGUGGACAGCACGGUGGUCCUGGGAUGCCAAACUGCUGGUACUCCACCUCCAGCAAUCCACUGGAAAAAGGAUGGUGUGGUGGUGUCUCCGGUGGACUCCCGGAUGUCCCUGGCUGAGACAGGAUCACUGGAGAUUCGCUAUGCCAAGCUCGGUGAUACAGGCUUCUAUACUUGUGUAGCUUUUAGUCCCACUGGAGAGGCGUCCUGGACAGCAUACUUACAAGUGGAAGAGUUUGGAGUUCCUGUCCAGUCCAAUCAUCCGACAGACCCCAACCUGCUUCCCAGUCCUCCUUCAAAACCUGAGGUCACUGACAUCAGCCGUACUUCGGUCACACUGUCAUGGAAAUCUAUUCCUGUUUCUGGAGCAACACCUUCAUCCUACAUAAUUGAAGCUUUCAGUUAUAUGUUGGGUAACAGAUGGGUGACCCUAGCUGAACAUGUGAAGACACAAAUAUUUGUUGUGAAGAAUCUGAAGCCUGGAACUAUCUACCUGUUUAUGGUCAGAGCAGUGAAUGCUCACGGCCUCAGUGAUCCCAGUCCAAUCUCCGACUCCGUCAGAACACAGGACAGCAGCUCUACUGUCCUGGGAGUUGAUCACAGGCAUAUCCAGAGGGAGCUAGGAGAUGUGGUGAUUCACCUGCACACACCAGCAGUGCUGUCAUCUACUGCUGUUAGGCUGCAGUGGAUGGUUGAACAGCAGUCCCUGUACAUUCAGGGGUAUAAGGUGCUAUAUAGGGCGUCUGCAGACCAUGGCCAGCCUGAGGCUCAGUGGAGUGUGCUGGAAGUACGUGCACCUCAGGAGGAUGGAGUGGUGAUCAGCCAGCUGAAAAGAGGAUCCAUCUAUGAGUUUAAAGUGAGGCCCUUCUUUGAUGAGUUCCAGGGAGCUGACAGUGAUGUGAAAGUGGUCAGGACAUUGGAGGAAGCUCCCAGUAGAGCACCCCAGGGUGUUACUGUGACAAAAAGCGAUGCCAAUGGGACUGCUAUCCUUGUUACUUGGAAACCACCCCCAGGACCAGAAGAGGCUGGAGUCAUUCAGGAGUACAAGAUCUGGUGCCUGGGUAAUGAGAGUCGGUAUCAUAUAAACCAGUCAGUGGAUGGCUCUACUUUCUCUGUGCUCAUUUCCAGUCUGGCUCCAGGAAUUCGUUACAGUGUUGAGGUUGCGGCUAGCAACGGCGCCGGACCUGGAGUCAAAAGUGAUGUCACUUUCUUUCAGUUAGACUCUGCAGGUCAGAUGAUGGAUAUCACUGAGCAAAGAGACACCUUGUCUCAAAUCUCAGAUGUGGUGAGGCAACCUGCAUUUAUUGCUGGCAUUGGCGCCACCUGCUGGUUAAUUCUCAUGAUAUUCAGUGUAUGGCUCUACCGACACCGUAAGAAGAGAAGUGGCCUUAGUAGCACCUACACUGGCAUCCGCAAGGUUCCAUCAUUCACCUUUACUCCAACAGUUGCCUAUCAAAGAGGAGAAUCUGUGUGCAGUGCUGGCAGACCUGGCCUCCUCAGCAUGGGCGAACCCCUGAACCAGCUGUGGAUGCCUGACAAUUGGCCAAAUGCAUGUGCCAAUCACAAAGACUGUAGCAUCAACUGCUGCAAUAAUGGCAACGGCACCAGUGACAGUAACAUGACAACAUAUAGCCGCCCAGCUGACUGCAUAGCAAACUACGGAAGUCACCCGGAAAACAAGCAGGGAGGCCAGCUUAGUUCGGAGACGCCCAUUUAUAGUGAUGUGAAUCUCUCCAACAAACUGAAUGACAUUAAGACAUUUAACAACUCCAGUUUGUGCUUUGCAAGUCCAGGAUCAACAGCUACAUAUGAACCCAUCCCAUAUGCCACCACCCAGCUCAUUCAGUCUAACAUUAAAAAUAAAGCAGCCAUUGGUGGUGCUAUAGCAGAGCCUCCUGACAUACCCUGCUGGAAACAGCCUCCAAAUCCACCUCCAAUACCUAAGGAGAUGGCAGCACAGAUGCAGUACAAUAUAAUUGAGCAGAACAUGCUAAAUAAAGAUCAUUUGCAAGGAAGUGAAGGAUUGAUCCAUCCCAAAACAAUUCCAUACAAUCAGACCCAUGAUCACAGCACUGUCAGUUCACACCACAGUUCAGACAGAGGCAGCAGCACCUCAGGAAGUCAAAAUCAAAAGAAGGGAGUGCGGGCUCAGAAGAUGCCAAAGCAUAAUGCUGUUAGCUGGGGAGAAGCGCUGUCUCCUCCUCAUGCUAAUGCCUGGGACUGUGAUGAAUAUAGUUUACCCUUGGAAAACAGUUAUAAUCCUGAGGAGAUUAGAGAAAACUGCCCAACUCCUCCAGCUAGAGGGGUGGCCUCGACCCAUACUGAGGGAUCCUGUAGUCACCCACCACCCAUCACCUCAUCACAUGGAAACCUGAGCGAAGGCUUGCACAAUGGAAAUGAACAACACGUCAUGGAUACUGAUGGUCAGGAAGAGGAUGAUGAAGAAAUAGAAGAGGAGGAGGAAGAUGCAGAGCUCUCCGAGAGCCCCUAUAGCCAACUCCACAAUCGGCAGCAGCACAAACACCAGAGACCCCACCCUUCUCAACACAAGCUGCUCCUCCAUGGGUUGGAGCAAACCCCAGCCUCCAGCACUGGGGAUCUGGACAGAUCAGUAACAGGCUCUAUGGUUAACAGCUGGGGCUCAGCAUCUGAGGAUAACAUUUCGUCAGGCAGGUCCAGUGUUGUCAGCACCUCAGAGGGAUCCUUCUUUACAGAUGGAGAUUUCAGCCAGGCGGUAGCAUCUUCAAGAGAUAUAGUAGGUCUGCGUGUUAGCAGAUACCCCGAAGAGACAGCUCGACGGCACCAGCGGCCCAGCAGCCCCAUGUCCACAGACAGCAACAUGAGUCCUGCAAUAACACAUAAAAGACCCCGCAGACAUAAACAGAACCAAUCUGGCCAACAUGGCUACCAUCCCAAAGAUGUCUUCAAUGAUGACUCUUGCAUGCCUCUCAGUUUCACUAGAGAGGUGUCCCAUGGUGAUUAUAGAGCGAGGGGGGCCACACUGCCUCGCAUGGGCUCUGGGGAGACCCGAGGUCGCAGAGGCAGCGCUGGUACUCAGAGGAUUAGGGAGGGCAUAUUUGAGCAAAAGGAGGGCCAGGAAAAGCACAAAACUCCAGUAGGAGCGAAAGGAAGCAACAAAAGCCGACAGCACUCAGAAUUUGGGGAUAUCCUUCUGUACAGUCGUCCCUCUUUCCCAUCAGGUCAGACUCAGAGGGAGCCUGAUGAUAGUAACUCCUCCAGCUUCAUGCCAUGUGGAGAUUCAAGGACCAAACAGGGAGGCGAGGGGGCACCCACGGCACAGGGUGGAAGUUCGUGAAGAGGCAAAGCAACAGGAAAACAGGAACGUCCUUCAGUCACUUGAGACACAGGACUUUGACCCUUCUGAUAUGGAAAAAGAGGACUCUUAAGAAUACUGCACAAUACAUGCUAUUGUUUUCUACUUUGAAUUUGUUAUUAGGUGUUGGAAAAAAGAAAAAGAGCUUUCAUGUUUAGGUCUGUGGACUUGAGUUUGAUGCCAGUUUCUUGUUAACUGUUGGGUGACCAGUUUCCAUAUCCCUGAACAAGAGGUUGCCUGCUUAUGUAUGAUGAAUGCACAUUUGAUGGCGGUCGUGAGUGUCUACAAAAAUAUUGUCCAUGAUGACUGCUGGAUGCAGUCCAUAUGAUAUUUCUUGUCAGUUGUCUUGUUACUUUACUGUAAUUGAAAGUCAGUCAUUACCAGCCAUCUUGUAAAUUGUUUAAAUUGUUUACUGCCACAGAAGUGCUUCAAAAUCAAAUUUUAUAUAACAGUGUUAAUGUUUUAUAAGUGAUGUACAUCUUGUCUCUUAAUUAUUUGUUCUACUUUGGUUAUAAAAGCACAAUCACUUAAUUUUAUUCUAAGUCGUUAUUAUAUGAAUUUCAGUCUGGAGGAGAUCAGUCUUUGUAGUCAUGCUAAUCAUUUUUAUCAGUGCUCUUCAGGCUGAGAAAAUGGUUGUUGAUUGUGGUUGUGCAUUCAGUUGGGUACAUUUGAGCUGCUUUCAUUCAGACUCGAAAUAUCUAUUGUGUGUACUGAGAGAAUUGCAUGCGGAUUCACCUGUAGGAGGUUUUACUUAACAUUUUGACUACUUUGUCCUCCAUUUGGGAUGAUGAAUAGUCCGGUCAUGGACUGGUUCCAUUUAUUCUUUCACUCCAAUGAGUCCAUUUCAUUUAGUCCAAUGUUCCCGUGACCUUGGCCGUAACUUUUUGAAUAGGGCUGGACAAUAAGCCACAUUUUAUGCAAGCACCUUUUAUGAAUUUCACACCAAUCUUAAUUGAGACCCAAAGCAAAUUUUAAUAUAUAUGAGUGAAUCUGUGAAUCUGAUCACACUCAAUACAUCAUCCCACAGGAAAUUCAACCAACCAACCAGAGUGUAAAAUAGUGAGCCAGAACCAGACAUACUGUAAUUAAUUUAUUAUUAUAUAGAUUUUAGGCCCCAUUGUCCAGCCUUAUUCAGCAGGCUACAUAUGGAACAGAUAUGUCACGUUAUAUGGCACCUGUUUAAUAAAUAUUGCUGUUCCUAAAA